AUGCUCGAUGCGUUUGGCAAUGACUUCCUGGGCAGCCUCCUGCAAAACUGCAAGACCAAGAAGGCGUCUCAGCAGAUCUUGCUUGGGAUUUGCCAGACAAUGCUGGAGAGCAUGGACGUCGUGUAUGCUGAGUAUGAGGCCGAAUUGGGGGAAUUGCCAGAGAGCAUACAGGAGGGCCUCACCUCUGUGCAGCUUUUCUGUCGAGCCAUUGUCGCCUUGCUGGUGCCAAUUCCUGGGGUGCUGGGGUCGUCUGCGAAAGACGUAGUGGAGGUGACGUCCUGCGCUCAGGAUGCAGAGCCAUUGCUGUGCAUGCUCAAGUUCGAGCUUCAGGGCGACUUCUGGAAGCCAUUCUGUCUGGACGUCACCUUGAAGGCUGGUGUGGCAAAGGAGUUGGGCCCCAAGCUGCAUGGGUACCACAGGCAGCUGACGGGGAUGAUCCAGAAGAGCAAGGAGGCAUCUGACGAUUCCAGCCACGAGUUGUUGGCAAACACCAACUUGGAGAAGGUCAUUGAAGUCCUGAACCAGCUCCCAUCUUAUGAGGAUGCCUUGCGUGCAGGUGCAACGUCUCAGCUUCGCGCCACCUUGAAGACGGUUGUGGACAUGCUCAUGAAGCAAAUCAUCAAGAUCGAUGAUUUCGAUGGCCAGCCCCUUGACCGCAUCAACACAUUCAUCCAGACAUUGGAGUCCUGCCAAUGCAUGAAGGAUGACUUCAUGGAUGUGGUGCUGCAGCUGCAGCACUGGCAGCAGAAAUCAGCUCCUCAAGUCAAAAGCGCCACAAUGAGCCAGUGGAUCGAUGCACAGUUGGAGGCCAAGGUGGACGGUGAAAGCUUGGACGUGGAGAUUUUGCGUUUCCAGGUUGCCCAGCAUGCCCAGGAAGGGUUCCCAGACCAUCAGCACGGCAAGCUGUCAAAGCUUUACCUCCCACUGCUGAAUCGCAUGUUGGCCUUGGCAAACAAAAGCCCUCUUGAUGUCGAGGCACUGGAAUCUUUCCUCUCCAUUACCAGCGACUUCUCAAAGAUCCUGCCCCACCCGAACCCACAAUGGCUGAGCAGCAUCUUCAAGAUUGCGAGCUGCGCUGUGGACUUUCACAAGGUCUGCUCUCGGUACGAGCAGCUGGGAGCGCAGACAGCAGAGCGAGUUCGCAGGGAUGUGAACAAGGUGACAUUCGACAAGCUGCUUCGAGCAUGCCUUGCCUUCUUCAAGGCUGGGAAGGCUGCUGAGCAGCACCAGAAUGAGGUUCCCACCUUGGAAAUGGGACCAGGGCCUGAGCUGGUCAAGGAUGUAAGUGAGCAGGACCUUCACCGCUUUUCCUAUGAGAUGUUCAUGCAGGCCUUCACUGGUGGCAUCAACCCGAACCAAAUCUUGAUGGAAGCCGCAGUCGAGCAUGUGGUGAACAUGACAACAGACUUGGAGCAGGCUGCGGAGCGAGUCGAGGAUGUUGGCCAAGGGUAUGAAAUGUGCCAUGCGUCGACCUGUUGGAAGAAGGACAUCCUUGAAGAGCAGGACCUUUCCAAGGUUCUAGUGGUUGCUGCAAUGACGAUUGGCAGCCUGGAUCCGAAAGUGGUGGGUGGUGAGCUCGCCAAGCUGAGCAAGGCCCAGUCGAUUUUAGCUUUGGUGUUGCAUUGUCAGCCAUUUCUCAGCUUCGCAUGA